GAAUAGUCGGGGCUUUCGGGGGACGGAGGGCCAAAUGGGGGGGAACCCACAGGGGCGUCCUUCUCCUGUUUAAUUUAUUUUGCUGUGUGAGGCGGACUUGCUGGGAUACGGAAUCGCAUUUGGGGAGGGGGCAUGUGCGAGGAGCAGGUGGGUUGAGUCCGUUAGGGGAGGUGGGCCUCUGGCCCAGUCUGGGGGGCAAUAACCCACUGGACUACCUGGUGGGGAUAGCAUCUGGAGGCCUGCCUGGCUGUGAGCAGAGGGUCAGGGAAUGGGCAGGGCGAUUCAGAUGAAAAGAGUACCGAUGAGUGCGCUGGCAGCCUGGUAAAACAUGGAGAGGAAAAACCCAUCCAGAGAGAGCCCCAGGAGACUCUCGGCCAAACCAGGCAAAGGCACAGAGAUGAAGAAAGUGGCCCGGCAGCUCGGCAUGGCGGCUGCAGAGUCAGAUAAGGACUCCGGAUUUUCAGAUGGGAGCUCAGAAUGUCUGAGCUCUGCAGAGCAGAUGGAGUCCGAGGACAUGCUGAGCGCCUUAGGCUGGAGCAGAGAAGACAGGCCAAGGCAGAGUGCCAAAGCCGCAAACAAUGCCUUCCCUACGCUGUCCCCCAUGGUCGUCAUGAAGAAUGUGCUGGUCAAACAGGGCAGCAGCUCAUCCCAGCUCCAGUCGUGGACCGUCCAGCCCUCCUUUGAAGUGAUCUCGGCACAGCCCCAGCUCCUGUUCCUUCAUCCACCUGUUCCGUCUCCUGUCAGUCCAUGUCACACUGGCGAGAAAAAGUCGGACCCCAGGAACUACUUGCCCAUUCUCAAUUCUUACACCAAAAUAGCCCCACACCCAGGUAAACGGGGCCUCUCCAUCAGCCCUGAAGAAAGAGGAGCAAGUGGAAUGCAGAAGAAAAUCUGUACUGAGAGACUGGGGUCCAGCUUGUCUUCCAGUGAGCCGACCAAGACUGGUGCUGCACCGUCCAGUCCCUCAACUCCAGCGCCACCCAGCGCCAAGCUCACUGAGGACUCUGCUCCACAGGGUGUGCCCUCCCUGGUGGCAGGGGGCAGUCCUCAGACUCUGCAGCCAGUGUCCAGCAGCCAUGUGGCGAAAGCGCCCAGUCUCACCUUCGCUUCCCCAGCCAGUCCUGUCUGUGCGUCAGACAGUACCCUCCACGGGUUAGAGAGCAACUCACCCCUCUCACCACUGUCAGCCAAUUAUAGCUCACCUUUGUGGGCUGCGGAGCACCUCUGCCGCAGCCCCGAUCUCUUUUCAGAGCAGCGGCAGAGCAAACACAGGCGCUUCCAGAAUACCCUCGUAGUCCUACACAAAUCUGGUUUGCUGGAGAUCACUUUGAAAACUAAGGAGUUGAUUCGUCAGAACCAGGCAACUCAGGUGGAACUAGACCAGCUAAAGGAGCAAACCCAGCUGUUUAUAGAGGCCACCAAGAGCAGGGCUCCUCAGGCUUGGGCCAAGCUGCAGGCAUCUUUGACAUCUGGGGCCGGUCAGACUGCCCGUGACCUAGACGCUUUCUCUGACCACCCCGACAUAUAGCAGAAGGCCUGCUUUCCUGUUACUUGAGUGGUUCUGCUGUUACCUACUCCUGUUUCCCAAAGCUUAUGUAAGAGAUUUUCCUCCUAAACCUAAACUGUUCAGCAGUUCACUUACAAAGCCACGUGCCGAUACCUGGCUGUUGUCUGCGCCUGUAGUCCGGGCACAGGUUACAUUAUGUCUCCGUUCCACUGAGGACUUCCAGUUCAGAGUGUCCUUGAGUCUCUUCUCUUUACCCUGCAGGCACUUGGAUGGAUCACGGGGCAGAACAUGAGAGAGAGUUGUGUGGGCUCUUCUAGCUGUCACCUCCCACCACCCUACUCAUUCACUGGGAUCAGGGGUGCCGUGAUAUGGAUGAGCAUACAGAGUGACACCUGUCAAGCCAGGGAGUAGGCGACAUAAGGAUCUCUUGGUGGAGACGUGUUUGCAUUCCACCAGGCAUGGUGCCAGUUGGGCACAACCUCAAAUGCUUCGGACACAGGUUGUGCCUGGGUGCAAGCACUUAAUCACUUAAUGCUUCGCUUUCUUACACUUGAAAGGCAAGGGGAAAGGGUAGUGCUAUUUGACUCAUACUCUUGAAUCACAAGCCAGAUUUCACUUAAACAAGUAGGCAAAAUACUUCAGAUUUUUAAGGUGUGGAAUGGAUUCAGUACAAUCUGGAAUUGUAGUUGAUGACUUGCUUUUUAGACAGAGGCUAAAAAAAAAAAAAAAUAGACAUGACCAGCAUCUCUUGGUGAAGAACUGGAGGAUUCUGGCCAUUUAUGCUCGUUUUUUCUCUUCUUUUGAAACAGUACAACCUGUUCUGUGUCUACAGUUAGCUCCAGUGGUUUCUGAGGUAUCUUAUAAAUUAUCCCUCUGUUACCACUCUGUUUUUUUUUUUUCUUUGUUUUUAUUUUAAAAAAAAAAAAAAAAGCUCAAUACACUGAUCUGAAAUCAUGCUGAGGGUUUGAUAAGUCUGCACAAAUGGGAAGGUAGCUUUUUUAUCCAUUUCUAUUUUCACAUCCCAAGUUUUCACUUACCCUGUCAGAAUGAGGGUGAGUGAGAAUGGAGCAGUGUCUUUUAGGCGUGGCCACAAAGCCAAAGUGUUGCUUAUAUGAAGUUCAUCUCAGAAUGGACAAUGGGAUGCGACAACCCAGAUGAUCCACAUUGUUUUCAGCUCCCCUGUGUUAGAUAACUAGAUUUGUAAGUAGUGACGUUUUAACAUUUUUUUAUCCUCAUUUAAAAAUGUCAUCCUCUUGAAAGUCUUUGUUUUUCUACAAAUUAAUUUGGUGUGAUUCAUCUUUUCUGCAAAGAAAAUAUUCUUAAAGUUUUUCCAAAACCUAAACUUAAUAAUCAUAUUUCCUAUGUGGAAUAAAGUUAUAAAAGUUGUAAAACUCUAACUUAGGUUUAUAAGGCUUCAGAUUGUCACCACUUUGCUCACAAACAUGUCUGGUUUAGAUCUGACCAGUUUAGAGAGAACUCACGUGAAAUGUCUAGAUUCCCCUGACCAGUGCAGAAUUAUUACCUGUCAUUUGCUUCCUGAAGAGUCUCAGUAAUUAGUGAGUGUGUCUUUAAGCAGAUUCAGCUCAUGUUUUUCUCUCGGCCACUCUGUCUCCCCGAGUCAGUAUGGUACUGUGGCAGCUCUGCUCUGCACCAUGCUAGCAAGCUUCCUUUUUGGCAGAGUGGGUUUGGCAGCAAAGCUACAGAGACAGGUGCAUUCAGAACAGCCUGAGCACCCGUCAUGAGUCUUACUGAGUGUCAAAAAUCUGAAAACGCUUGCUGAGAAUCCAAUUUAUUCCAUUGGAAAAACCGUCUGUGGAGCUAUAAACCUCUUGGACUCUUCUUCCUGGACGAGGUCUGCCUUUCCCUCCCUGUCAUAGUAAAAGAUGAUGAAAGCCGUCAUAGAG